GAGACAUUGCUAUCGAUUGGCUCGCUCACUAUGCCAGUUCAGUCAGUCACGUCACGCACGUUCCACGAACGUACCAUUAUCACAUACAGUAGGUAUUUACGGGUCUAGUGUGGUUACAUUAGUGUUUUAAGUGAGACGAUAUAGUGGUGUAGUUAAAUGAUAAUUGAGUCAAUACGAAGUUGGUAGAUUGAAUUGAGUUGCUAUUAAAAAUUUUUAACGAACAUUUGAAUAACAAGUAACCUCCAAAAUGUCAGACAGUAAACAGGACAUGAUAAAGGAUGCUGCUACAGCUGCAGCCGCAGCCGCGGGGGGAUCGCUGUUCAGUACAUUUGAUAUUGUAAUGCUGGUGGUGCUGCUAGGAGCAGCGGUUUGGUGGCUGUACAGUUCUAGGAAAGAAAACAAGAAAGAUGAAAUAGUACUAAGCAAAUAUUCAAUACAAACAGCAGCAUCAAUACAAGUGACCGAAAAUUCAUUCAUAAAAAAGUUGCAAACGUCCCGUAGAAGUUUAGUAGUUUUCUAUGGCUCUCAAACUGGUACCGCAGAAGAGUUUGCCGGUCGCCUUGCCAAAGAGGGAGCAAGAUACAAAAUGAAGGGCAUGGUCGCCGACCCCGAAGAAUGUGAUAUGGAAGAACUCACGAAACUACCAGACAUACCCAAUUCAUUAGCCGUAUUUUGUAUGGCAACAUAUGGAGAAGGUGAUCCUACAGAUAAUGCGAUGGAAUUCUAUGAAUGGUUGAAAAAUGGAGAUCCUGAUUUGACUGGUUUAAACUACGCAGUAUUUGGUCUCGGCAACAAGACGUACGAGCAUUACAACGAAGUGGCCAUUUAUUUGGAUAAACGUCUGGAGGAGCUGGGUGCGACGAGGGUCUACGAGUUGGGAUUAGGAGAUGACGAUGCAAACAUUGAAGAUGACUUCAUCACAUGGAAAGAUAAAUUCUGGCCUGCGGUGUGCGAGAAAUAUGAUAUUCAGAGUUCUGGCGAAGAAGACCUGACGCGGCAGUUUAGUUUGGUCACGUACGAGUGUGAUGAGAUCCCUGAAAAUAUCUUCACUGGCGAAAUUGCCAGGUUAAAUACCUUGCAAUUACAGAGGCCGCCAUUCGAUGCGAAGAAUCCAUUCCUGGCACAAAUUGUCGUCAAUAAAGAGAUGCACAAGGGCGGAGACAGAUCUUGUCUUCACGUGGAAUUGGAUAUUUCAAACUCUAAAAUGCGAUACGAAGCUGGCGACCAUGUGGGAGUGUAUCCAGUGAACGACACGGAUCUAGUAGACCGUCUUGGAGAACUGACCAACACAGACCUCAGUACUGUGUUCUCUCUUAUCAACAACGACCAAGAGAGCAGCAAAAAGCAUCCGUUCCCCUGUCCUACGACUUACCGAACUGCGCUCACGCACUACAUAGAGAUUACUGCGUUGCCGCGCACGCACAUUGUAAGGGAACUCGCCGAAUACUGCUCGGAUGAGGAAGAUAAAAAGAAGAUGAUGCUGAUGGCGACAAACUCUCAAGAAGGGAAGGCACUCUAUCAGUCGUUUGUCGUAGAUGCUUGCAGGAACAUCGUGCAUAUUCUCGAGGACAUCAAAUCUUGUAAACCCCCACUGGACCAUGUUUGCGAAUUGCUGCCUCGUCUGCAACCAAGAUACUAUUCUAUCUCUUCAAGCCCUAAGUUACAUCCUGAAACUGUGCACGUGACCGCAGUGGUGGUAAAGUACAAAACGACCACGGGCCGCAUCAACAAGGGAGUUACAACCACGUGGCUCGCUGAUCUUAAGCCGGAGGAGGGCAAGACUCUGCCUAGGAUACCCGUCUACAUCCGCAAGUCACAGUUUAGAUUACCGUUACAACCCCAAACGCCUAUUAUGAUGGUGGGGCCGGGUACGGGGUUGGCUCCGUUCCGGGGCUUCUUGCAAGAAAGGGCGCACGCGAAGUCCAACGGCAAGGAAGUGGGAGAUACCAUUCUAUACUUCGGAUGUAGGCACCGGGAACAGGAUUACAUUUACAAAGAGGAGCUGGAAGCAUACGAAAAGAGUGGCCUUCUGAAACUCAACUUGGCGUUCUCCCGAGACCAAGGGCACAAAGUAUACGUGACUCAUUUGCUAGAGAAGAAUCUGGAACAAAUAUGGGAAGUUCUUGGCAAUAGAAAUGGACACUUUUAUGUGUGUGGUGAUGCAAAAAAUAUGGCUGUGGAUGUGCGAAACAUCGUGCAAAAAGCUGUUAAGGAGAUAGGAGGAAAAUCUGAGUCCGAAGCGGCGCAAUUCCUCAAGAAACUGGAUUCCAUGAAGAAAUAUUCAUCAGAUGUAUGGAGUUAAAAUAAUUGUACCCUACAUAAACAUUUAAUAUUUUUUAAUAGUUGAAUUGUCUGCAAGCCUGCUUUUAAGUUGGUAGGUAAAUUUAUAUACUUAUAAUAAGUACGUAAUAUUGUGAUAUAAAGUACACUCUGAUAACAGAGGACAAGGAAAAUUGACUUUUGUGCACCGCCACAAUUUUUUCAGGUCUUGAACAAAUGAUUUCUAUUAUUUAAGCGUUUGUUAUUUAGUUCGUUUUAGUUGUACCGACAUUCACCUAUUGAAACUUGUGAAAUAAAAUGAAUGUACCCAUCUCUCACAGAGCUAGUAAGUAAAGUACUUAUCAUAUAAGAUAAACUACUUAUUUAUUGUUUUGAAUUGAAAAACCUAACUAAAAAGAAAUGUAGUCAAUCACAAAGUCGCAUUCAGGAUCGUUUCAAUUUUUCUACGUGUAAAGACUCUCGUCUAAAUAAAAAGUUGUUACAGAAUUGUUGAAUCUUUUGAAUUCUAACGAUGGUUGUGCAUUAAGUGCACUAACAAAUAAUUGUUGGUAAAUGUGUAUAUUAAGUGGACUGGGCAAUAGAUUUUAAGAAAUAUUAUACAAUAAAUAUAUUUAUGUAUAUUUUGCAUAAUUUUAAACAUAGAAAUUUUAUGGAAUAAAUGUUCUUUUUCUUUAUACAUUCA